UACAUUUCCCAGCAACCCUUGCGUUCCAGACCGGAAAUAGGCUCUCUUUUUUUAAUAUUCUUGAUUCAGGAAGAUGCUGAAGUUGAGUGGCUGCGGCUUGAAGCUCUUGCCCACGUCUCUGAGAGGUUUUGCAGCCUCUGCUUCAGUGAAGUCCUACGAUGUCCGAAGAGUCGAGAUAACUCCGCUGGAGCAAAGAAAGCUCACUUUUGACACGCACAGCCUUGUGCGAGACCUCGAGGCUCACGGUUUUGCAAAAGAGCAAGCCGAAACCAUUGUUUCAGCCAUAACAGCUUUGUCAACUGUCAGUCUGGACACCGUCUACAAGGAUAUGGUCACCCAAGCCCAGCAGGAAAUCACUUUGCAGCAGCUCAUGGCUCAUUUGGACUCCAUUCGGAAAGACAUGGUCAUUCUUGAGAAGAGUGAGUUUGCCAACCUGAGAGCAGAGAAUGAGAAAAUGAAAAUUGAGCUGGAUCAAGUUAAACAACAGCUUAUGAAUGAAAUCAACCAGAUCCGGGCAGAAAACAAGCUGGACAUCAAUUUGGAGAGAAGCCGGGUGACAGACCUAUUCACAGACCAAGAGAGAAAACUCAUGGAAGCCACAACAGAGUUCCAUAAAAAAGAUUCAAGCACCAACAGCUCUGUGACUGAAGUCAGCAACAAAAUAGAUACCGAAAUUGCUGCCCUGAAAACCCUCAUGGAAUCAAAUAAACUGGACACUAUCCGUUAUUUGGCAGCCUCCGUCUUCACUUGCCUUGCCAUCGCUCUGGGGUUUUAUCGAUUUUGGAAAUAAAAAUACAGCCUAAAAGGAAGACGGACCAAACCAGAGAGACUGUUUCAAUUCAACCUGUUUUGGAUAACACCUUCUGGCAGAUUCUUCCAGAGCCUUUCUGUUGGUCUUGAUCUUGAACCUACAGCAGGUGGUUGUUAUCAGUGGACAUGUUUGAUCAAGUUCGUGUCAUUGGGGCUUGUGUGUGCUGGAGGCCAACAUAUCUAUGGACCAUUUGAAAAGGAAAUAAUUUAGCCAUUGGGAAAGAAAAGAUGAAAAAGCUGGAAUGCUGUGGCCAUCCCCAGCAUUGUGUCAGUACAUCUAGAUUGAUCCAACUCUUGUCCACUUCCAUCAGUUUCCCCCAUGCCACAUGUUUCUAGUUUGAUCUCCAACUCUUCAUUUAUGGAAACUGUUCAGUGGUGAGAGCUGCUGAUGGAGAGAUCAUAGAGUCAUAGAGUUGGAAGAGACCUCAUGGGCCAUCUAGUCCAACCCCUUGCAGGAAAAUUGCAUUCAAAGCACCCCCGACAGAUGGCCAUCCCUAUGACUUCCCCUCAUAUUUAUACAUGGCUCUUAUCAUGUCUCCUCUCAGCCUUCUUGUCUGCAGGCUAAACAUGCCCAGCUCUUUAAGCCGCUCCUCAUAGGGCUUGUUUUCCUGAGACUUGAUCAUUUUAGUCACCCUCCUCUGGAUACACUCCAGCUUGUCAACAUAUCCCUUAAAUUGCGGUGUCCAGAAUUGGCCCAGAUGACCUUAGAGAAAUUGUGAUUUCUCUUUCCAACCUGAAUUUGAUGUUCUUUCUGUAUGCAUGAAACCCCAAAAUGGAUCAUGUUCUGUAGAAGUUCUUUUGAAAGUGUCACAUAAUCAUAUAUUUUAAAAAUUUCUAUACAGCAAAGCAUAUAAAGGUGCCUUAAACCAUGGACUACUGGGAACUGUUUGUGUGCAAAUUCAUCUCGUAUUUACAAAAUUGUUUUAAGGGAAAGUUCUAAUGCACAGAAAAGUAAACUAAGGAUGUGUAAACUUU